AUGACCCAAUUACCGUCAGUCUCGGAGCUUAUGAGCUCAACAAAGCUAUUCUUUCUACCAAAUAAUUCAUCAGCAAACACAAGUGCCAGUGCUACUACAUCAAUGGACAAUGACAAUAGCAACAAAGUCGACGAAAAGUUGAGUAACCAAUCACCCAAAUCGACCGUUGCAAAACAAACAAUGCUAGAUUCUAAUACAACCAGCCUCAGUGCAAUGCCACAGAUGCCAGAUAAUACAAACUCUACAAAUUACACUGACCACUUGCACAGUCCAAACAAGUAUUUAAAUCUGCCUCGACAUCAAGCAGCCAAAUUCACCAAGCCAGAUACUGAAAUACCAUCGAGACCAAAUUUACUUGAGCAUACAGAGAAAAAGCGACUGCUAAGUCAUUCGCUCCCACCAUCUUUACCAAAUCACUCCAAGUCUCCCAUAGCUUCCAUGGUUCAGUUACCAAGGAUCUUGCCAUUUGAGGACCGUCUGCGAUCUAGUACAAAUAUUUCAAACCCUACUAAUACUAAUACACAUACACAUACACAUGCACCUCCCCAACUUCCUCUUCAACAACAUCAACAUAUACUUCCCCCACCUGGCCCACUUCCUUCUCGUCGUCUUACUGAACCGCUCAUUCUGAAUAUCAAGCCACUACACUUGCAGCCACCUAGUUAUGAACAACAAAAGCUGCACACUCUGCUCCACCUGUUACUGCAUUACCCUAGGUCUGGUUCCGUUCACCAUAUACUGCAACAUAUACCUGAAACACAAUCGACGACACAAGACGCAACCCAAGUACAAAUGAGUCAAGAAGCGUAUGAUGACCAUAAAAGUAGUAUUGUCGAUGCUUCCCAGGAGCAGCAACAGCACCAGCAACAUGACCCACAAGGGUCUUUGGCUAGGCACUUUGCUUGGGAUAAUCGCCGACACCUGCAUGGCCCUUCUCUGUCUGAUUUAAACCAACGUAUUCAUACCACUGAGAUUCCAUUUGGUGCCUCUUCUAGUGCCAUCCAUCAACAGCAGAUACUUGCUGAGCAAAUACCUAACACGUCAAAUGGAGGUUUUUAUGUUGUUCAAGGCCCAAAUGCACCUUUCUAUGUUGCCGAAAAUUAUCAGCAUCCCGCACAAGCACAACAGCAAGCACAACAACAAGCACAACAACAAGCACAAUUUUUCCCUGCAGGUCACGUUAUAAAUUCGCAGCAUGUCCAACCACAGUAUUAUGAACCAUACCCAUAUCCGCUUUCCAAAGGGGUUAUGUAUGAUGAAAAUAAUGCCUUGAUAAACAAGCGCAAAAUCAUUAAACGAAGAACCAGAACUGGUUGUCUCACGUGUCGCAAAAGACGUAUCAAAUGCGACGAGAGAAAACCCAGCUGUUUUAAUUGUGAACGAAGUAAGAAGGUGUGUCUUGGGUAUGAGAAUUUGUCCAGCAUUCAGCCAAGAAAGAGGGUUAGAGACACCAGUUUGGAUCUACCUGUAGUUGGCCACCACGAGAAUGGACAAUAUGGGGUUGGCAAUGGGAUUGCGAUAACCAGCCAUAAUUAUCGUGAGCAUCAAAACCAGAACCACCAACAGCAACAGCAACAGCAACCUAUAAAUCGCCAGGAUCUGCGACUUUUAGGAAACGAGUCUAAUGGCGCAAACCCAAGAUUUCAAGCACAUAUAAACUUAGAGCAUCCUCAAGAACAGCAGCAUCUGCAUAAUGGGCCCAAUAAUUCUACAAAUUCAUAUUUCAACAAGUUACAUCCUCAUCAUCUACAACCGGUACCAGCUCAUUUGGUUGGCGGUGAUCUUGUUCCAUCCAAUGGGGUUAUUUCACCAACUGCAUUUAUCCCACAACCUCAAGCGCAUGGGGAUACUCGCUACAAUAUUACUUCGGGGCCUUUGAAACCGCCGCCGCCGCCGCCACCUCAAAUACCAUUGUCAGAGCAACAGCAUCCUCACUUACCACGUCAUGGUCAGUCCAUAGCCACCCCGAAUCCCAAGAUGUAUGAACCACAGGAGAUGCGUAAUAACAAUCAUCAUCAUUAUUAUUAUUAUUCUCAGCAUCACCCACUGCAACUGCAACAACUGCAACAACAGCAGCAGCAAUAG